GUUUGUGAAUAAUGUGAAUCCAUUUGAGAAGUUCAAUGCUGCUUUCUAGACACUGAAUAAAUUUAUGGACUAAAUGAAAUUUGUGUUUGAUGAUCUUCAUUUUUGAGACGGAGCACUGUCUGUAAAAUGAGUCUCUGUGAGAAGAGAGAGAAGGAGGAGGAUGUUCACACACAUAAAGCAGCAUCUCCAGAACCCUGUGUGUCUAUGAAGAGUGACCGAUCCAUGAGAAUACCUCCUAAUCUCAGUGAUGGAGCAGUGACCUCUGACACAUUUGUAGUACAGAGAGAUCAUGUGAUCAGAUCAGUGAUGCCCCGUCUGACCUGCACUGACUCUGACCAUCAGACCCUCAUCAGACAGAGAGUCAAAGACCAGCACAAAACCAGCAUGAAGAACAAGUAUGAGAGCUUAUUUGAGGGAAUCAGACUAGAAAAAAAUCAAACCCUCCUGAACCGGAUCUACACACAGCUUUACAUCAUAGAGGGAGAGAGUGAACGAGUGAAUGAAGAACAUGAGGUUUUACAGAUGGAGAAAAGACCCACAACACAAGACACUCCAAUCUACUGCAAUGACAUCUUUAAACCCUUACGUCAACCAGGACAUGAGGAGAAAGACCAAAUCAAAACUGUUCUUACUAAAGGCAUUGCUGGAAUUGGAAAAACCGUCUCUGUGCAGAAGUUCAUUCUGGACUGGACCGAGGGAAAAGCCAAUCAGGAUGUAGAUUUCAUGUUUGUGCUUCCAUUUCGAGAGCUGAACUUGAUCCGAGAUCAUCAGUACAGUCUUCACAGACUUCUGCUGGACUUUCAUCCUGAACUUCAAGAUCUGAACUCAAAGAUUUAUGAGGAGUGUAAAGUUGUGUUCAUCUUUGAUGGUCUGGAUGAAAGCAGAAUCACACCGAAGUUUUCAGAUGAUCAGAAAGUUUGUGAUGUGAAUAAGUCUUCAUCAGUGGGUGUGUUGAUGUCAAACCUCAUCAGAGGAGAGCUGCUUCCGUCUGCUCUCAUCUGGAUCACCUCCAGACCAGCAGCAGCCAAUCAGAUCCCUUCAAAAUACAUCAACCUUCUGACGGAAAUUCAGGGAUUCACUGAGCCUCAGAAGGAGGAAUAUUUCAGGAAGAGAAUCAGUGAUGAGCAUCAAGCCAGCAGAAUCAUCUCACACAUCAGAAGAGCAAGAAGCCUCCACAUCAUGUGCCACAUCCCCGUCUUCUGCUGGAUCUCAUCCACUGUGCUUCAGAAGCUCCUGGAAGAAGAUCUGAGUGCAGAAAUCCCUCAAACUCUGACUGAAAUGUACAUCCACUUCCUGCUGACUCAGAUCAACAUGAGGAACCAGAAGUAUGAAGACAGAGAUCCAGAGAAACUCCUGCAGGCCAACAGAGAAGUGAUUGUGAAACUUGCUGAACUGGCUUUCAAACAGCUGAUGAAGGGCAAUGUGAUGUUCUAUGAGGAGGACCUGAUUGAGAGCGGCAUAGAUGUCACCGAUGCCUCAGUGCAUUCUGGGAUUUGCACUGAGAUCUUUAAGGAGGAAUCUGUGAUUCAUCAAAGGAAAGUCUACAGCUUCAUUCAUCUGAGCUUUCAGGAGUUUCUAGCUGCUUUCUAUGUGUUUUACUGCUUUUUAGUCAAGAAUAAGGAAUCACUAAAGUUGUUUCUAGAUUAUAUGUGGGUCAGGUUUAAGGAUAACUCUCUGAUUCAGCUACUAAAAGCAGCAGUUAAUAAAUCUUUACAGAGUGAAAAUGGACACCUGAAUCUUUUCCUGCGAUUCCUGCUGGGCGUCUCACUGGAGUCCAAUCAGAGACUCUUGGAGGAUCUACUGACACACACAGUGAACAGCUCAGAUACCAUCAAGAGACUCACACAGCACAUUAAAAGCAAAAUCAAGGGUGAUGAACAUCUCUCAGCUGACAGAUGCAUCAAUCUGUUCCUCUGUCUGCUAGAAAUGAAGGAUCAGACUUUGUACAGAGAGAUCCAGGAGUUUGUGAAAUUAGAGAGUCACUCGAAUCGACUCUCCCCAUCUCACUGCUCAGCAAUCGACUACAUGCUUCAGAUAUCAGAGGAGGUGCUGGAUGAGUUUGAUCUGAAGAAAUACAACACAUCAGAUGAGGGUAGAAGCAGACUGAUACCAGCUGUGGUGAAUUGCAGAAAAGCUCUACUUGCAGGCUGUAAUCUCACUGAUCAGUGCUGUGAAAGUUUGUCUUCAUCUCUACAAUCAUCAAACUCCUCACUGAGAGAGCUGGACCUUAGUAACAAUGACCUGCAGGAUUCAGGAGUGAAGCUUCUCUCUGUUGGACUGAAGAGUCCAAACUGUCAGCUUAACAUAUUGAGAUUAUCUGGCUGUAUGGUGACAGAGGAAGGCUGUUGUUAUCUGGCUUCAGCUCUGAGUUCAAACCCCUCACACCUGAGAGAGCUGGAUCUGAGCUACAAUCACCCAGGACAAUCAUUAGUCAAGCUGCUCUCUGAUCCAAACUACAGACUGGACAAGCUCAAUGUGGAUCAUGGAGCAGGGUUCAGGAUUAAAGCAGGACCACAGAAAUAUGCAUGUGAUCUCACACUGAAUCCAAACACAGCAAACACUCGUCUUGCUCUAUUUGAGAGGAACAGAAAGAUGACACUUGUGUCAGAGAAGCAGCCGUAUCCUGAUCAUCCAGAGAGAUUUGAUGAGCAUCAUCAGAUUCUGUGUAGAGAGAGUCUGUCUGGACACUGUUACUGGGAGACUGAAUGGAGCGGGUUUGCGGUCAAUAUAUCAGUGACAUAUAAAGGAAUCAGCAGGAAAGGGAAUGGUGAUAACUGUCGCUUUGGAUUCAGUGAAAAAUCCUGGAGUCUGAACUGCAUUAAUAACAGAUUCACAGCCAGACACAAGAAUAAGAGAAAAGAAAUAUCUGUCACUUCAAGCUCUAAUAGAGUAGGAGUGUAUCUGGACUGGGCCGUUGGUGUUCUGUCCUUCUACAGUGUCUCUGACACAAACACACUCACACACAUAUACACAUUCAACAGCAGAUUCACUGAACCACUCUAUGCUGGAUUUGGAGUUUAUUCAGAUAGUUGUUUGUCUCUGUGUGAGAUUAAGUAG